GUCAAAUGAAGUCUGACAUCACGGGGCAGGUGACAGCUGAAGGAAAAUAUCUCCCAGAAAAUCCUGCAGACGGACAGGGAGGAACAUCAGCGUGAAACAUCCACCUCACCGGAGCAUCAGUCAUGGGCCAGAAGCUGCAGAAGCUGGAGGAACAAGAUGAAGAUUCCUCGGAGCAAACUGAAGAAACGGAGCAGUCGGAGGUCGCAGAGCAAGAUGAGAAGCACAGCGUUCAGGACGAUGGCAGUUUCACGAGCCCUCCGAGUAUUGGUGGGAUUAGCGGGAUCAGUGUUGGCAGCCCGGCCACUGGGGAGCUUACAGCCACUUCUGCACGUACAGACCCCCAAACUGGGCAGCCAAUCGGGCCUCUAGGGCAGCAGGAGCACCCUCCGAACAGCAGGAGAGAGUGGGUGGGUGGAGACAGGGAGGGCGAUACUCGAACUGUAGAGGAGUCAAAAACUGCCUUGAGUUCAAAGGAGACAAGACAAACUUUAAACAAUACGCGAGGCUCUGAGAAUAAGGCUGUGGCCUGCUUUGGGACUACAGCUAUGGAGAAGCAAGCAAAUCAGAAGAAAUCAGAAGCUGACCAUGGUAAAUUAUGUCCUCAAACAAGGGGUGUGACAGCCUCCUGCAAUUCUAAUAGUGAGGAAGACUUUGUGGUGCUGGAAAAAGAUGAAACUUGGAUGUCAUCUGAUGGAGGAAACAACGUUGUUUUUGGUGACAGGAUAAAAACAGAGAAGACUCAAUCAUCUAUUAAAAGAGGAGUUCAAGAAGACACCUUCAGCCUUCAAGAACCUUCCAGGAAUAUGCCUCCAGAAAAGGAUCAUGACAAGAAAAGCAGAAGAAAGUCUGACGCUCCUUUAGCCACAACUGACAGUGUGGACACACAUGCUAGGAGUUCAUCCGCCGCCUGUUUUGAGAAGGAAAUGGGUCAACAUUUGGCUGAAGUGACAGGCAGCAGGUGUCAGCUAAAAGGAGGCAGUCGUGUCGGAGCUGCCCACAGUGGGACAACUGGUGGAGGAAAAGCAGAGAGGGAGCAAACCUUGAAUGACCAGAACAAGCAGGAGCACCUGUCAACACGAGACAAAUCUGAAAAUCAGCAUAAGGAAAGCCAGAGUUCAGGCUGUGUUGCACAACAAAUCGAUCAGUCCUAUCAGAGCAAGUUUGCCGGUGUUGUCUCUAAGAGGGUUAAAGAAGGAGUCACGGCCACUCUGUGCUCAUCUACCAAAAAAGAUGACAGCCAAGCAUUCAAAUCCCUCCCUCCAAAGGCUGUGACCCCUCAGUCUGUAAUACCACAACCGCAAGACAAUCCCUCAUUUUUCUUGGAACAAUGUGAUUUGAUCCCUUAUCCUCUUCUGCCAGGGAAUGACGGCUGUGAUGGAAAACAGGUCGCGAGCUUAAAGAGGGAGAGCGAGCUCGUCUGCUUCUCGGCUAUCAUCACGCCACCACCUUUAACUCAUCUGUUGUCCAAGAAAGACACAACGAUGGCAACGCAACUCGACACAAGCACGGUACAUUCUCAAGCGGCGCCAGACACCACUUCUGCCGCAUCCGAUUCCAAAGACGACGAGUCAACGCCAAAAGAAAAGCCCAAAAUUAAAGGCCCACCUCCACCUGUCCCCAAAAAACCUAAAAACCCCUUUAUAAGGCUCAAAACUGCGCAGUUAAUGUCUACUGAUGUCCAAAGGAGAGGCAAAGAUCAUCCACGCUCGGAGGAGAGAGUCAAGAGGAGACAUACUUUUCAUUUUAAUCCAAAAAUUCCAUGCAACACUCCAAAGAAUCAGGACAUGUGCUUGCUGUGGGAUGAAAGAGGAACUUAUACCACACCAAAUGACUUUCGUCGACAGUCUGCUGACAUUAGCCUGUGGGACCAUCUUUCUCUUGGGUACAUGGAUGAACGAUACGGAGAUAUGGUCGACUUUGACUACUGUGCGCGAAUGGAAAAACUGUCUCCUGAAGAAGAGACAGAAAACUUGGACAUGUUGCAAAGAAGAGUAUUUCUGGAGAGACGAUCUAGGUGUAAAUGGUCGCCUCCUCCUGUUGCAAAGAAGCCCCAAAAUCGUUUAGCCUCCACAGAGACUCAACACAUACCUGAAGACACAUCAGACAAUGAAACUGAAAGACCAAAACCUGCUUGUUCAAUGAACAGAGAGAUACAACCCGAGCUCCGAUCUGACAGAAUGCGCACACAGCUUGGCGACGACAGCCACAUUAAGUAUCGUAACUUUAAAGAUACAACGGAUCAAAGACGUGAACAAUAUGCAGAUAUUGACAGUGAGGUGGGUUCCUACAAGCCUGUGUCGGAAAUUGUCAGAGAAACAAACCAAAUGCAGAAGCAUCAGGGCCGGAUUAAACCUAAAGGGGCCAAAGCUCAGGUUCAUGUGGCAGAACAGAGUCCAAGUGUUAAAGUUUCCCAAAUGAAAAAUGCCUUUGAUGUCCCCAAGAAAUCCAAAGAGAGACCAGCAGAAUUGCAACCAUCUCCAAAGAGAGGUGAGUACUUUGGACUAUCAGUGCUUAGAUACACCACUUUUGUGUUUUAAUGAUCAAAUAAUUUA